AUGGAGGUAUUUGGAAAAUCUGUGGUAGCUGUUCAUUCCAAUGUUAUUUACUUGUCAAGUAUUCUAGGCCAAGAUGGGCCUAAUCCAGUUCACAAGUGUGACUGGAAAUGUGAGAACGAGAAUUUGUUUGGGAACAUGUUUCGCUGCAAGCUAACUGGGCUGACACAUGUUUGUGAUAAAAACUGUAAUCAGAGAAUUGUCUAUGAUAAUCAUAGCUCCCUCUGCAGAGUGAGCAAACAGGUUUUUCCUUUAACACUGGUUGAGCAACAAGCUGUCAGAGGUGUCCGAAGGAAGCUUGAUGCUGAGAGUUCCUCGACUGAGUCUUGUUCUUUUAAGCGCAGAAGGGAUGCGCAGUGCCACCCCUCACCAUUUGAGAGGCCCUUCACUACUGUUGGUCCCAUCUGCAGUCCGAUUGGUGAUGGCAUGGAUACGAACUAG